GGCCGUACCCGGAUGUACGGCAUCCGAUCAGGAUCUCUUCCUUGUCGUACCGUCGUACGAUCCGGUAAUGGGAGUACGGCGUACUACAGCGGAACGACGGGAGGUUGCAUGGCUGCUUGUACGGGAGACGUUGGAGGCUGUACGGCGGCAGGUUGCGGUGUACGACAGGAGCCUGAAAGUGUACGUCAUUGCAGGGCCCAAGCUGCACACGCUGGAUGUGGUGGUGUUGGACCGCCCGCUAGUCCCGGGGGAGUGGCUGGAGGCGCCGCGGGGCAAGAACCUGGUGGCGCAGCUGCAGCUGGUGCUACGGCUGUACGAAUCACCCGCACAGGUGAUUCACGGGUUCGAUGUAGACGUGUGUGCCGUACUGUACGACGGAGCGGAGGUGUGGGCUACAGGGAGGGCGCUACGGGCGCUGCACUGCGGCUUCAUGCUGAUGGAGCCGGUGCGGCAGUCGCCCAGCUACGAGG